UCCGUGUUCUGUGCAAAAUCGUACUCGACUCUUCAGUUUUCUGAUUUGAGUGUUCAUAAAAAUUUCAUAAAAUUACUUUAAAAAUAUAAACAAAAAGUAAAUUCUUUUCGUUAUUCAUUGAUUUUCAUUGGCAAACGUCUAAUUUAAACAAUAAGUCUAUAAAGAAGUUAUGCAGGAGAGUGCUAAACAACAAAAGUUGAUGGGCGCUAAUCAAUUGGAGUUGCUGUCGUCGUUGCAAUCGUCGUCUUCAUCGUUUCAAAACAUAUCAUGGGAAUAUCAAAAUUACUAUCCGAUUUGGAUGUCAUAAGAAAUUAUCACAAAUCUAUUCUAUCACUGGCUAUGUUGACAUCAAUAGUUGCGGCUUCGGUUCUAGCUUCUCCUUCGAGUCAAGAAGGAUCUUCCAUUGAACAAUUGCCUUUUUGUGGAGAGCAAAUUGAUAGAACAAUUGGACGAAGGCUUUUAUAUAUAACAACACUUGAUGGUACACUAUCAGCUCUCGAUAUCACCAAAGGCGGAAAAGUUCGAUGGAGUGUGCCCACCGGACCAGGACCUUUAAUCUCAUCGAGUAUUCAUCGCUUAGAAUUGACUAACAAUGGACAAUUUGUCCGAAUGAUUCCUUCUCUAAGUGGAGGCAUUUAUAAGUUUGAUGGCGAUUCUAUUGACCCUAUUCCUAUAACAACAGAAAAUCUUUUAAGUUCGUCCUUUAAGUUUUCCGAUGAUUUGGUUAUUUCGGGAGGUAAAGAGACACGUUCAUAUGGAGUCUCAGCUCGUACAGGCCAAUUGCUAUACGAAUGUUCGAUGAAUGGCUGUGUAAAUAAUACAGAUUCAGAUUCCAUGAAAAAUGGAGGCAAAGAUGAUUCAAUAAAAACACCGAAUCCUGAGACUGAUCUUCUGGCCGAACAUGAUUCUCUUCUGGAUGAUGUGAUUGUAGUGCGACGACAAACUCAGACCGUCCGGGCAGUGGAAUCACGAACCGGUGUAGAGCGUUGGAACUUUAGUGUCGGACAGCAUGAGUUGGAUAUGCUCAAGAGUGCCGAAUGUCACGAUCGACAAUUUAGUGAACUUGAUAUGGCUGUUUUGGAUUUGGAAGUUAAAGUUAUAGUCCCAGAAGGCAUUGUGUGUGCUUAUAGCAAAUCAAAUCCAGGGAAUCUUUUAUGGAAACAUAAAUUUGAACAUCCGAUUGUAAGUGGUUGGCAAAUUGGCUCCAAUGAUAUGUUACAAUCAAUUGACUUCUUUGGAUCUGCACAAUGGCUUUGGAAUUCUGAUGGUAAAGAAUUUGAUCCACCUGCUUCCAUGCAUCCGUCAAUUUAUAUUGGAAUGUACCAGAAACAAUUAUACAUACAGGAAUCCGUUAGUCUUCGCAAUGAAAUUUUCGAUAAAUCAAAUCUAUUUAAUCAUCUCAUGAAUAAUGAAUCAAAGCUACCGAAAAUUCCUUGGAAACCUAUAGCAGCAAGUAGCAAUUCGUUGAUUAUUUUCAAUGAUAACAGUGCUAUAGCUAUCGAAAAUGAAAAAGAAGAACAAGAUUCAUUAACUACAACUACUGGCAAAGAAUUGGUUCCAUAUGAUGUGGACAACACUGCAGUUUCAGCACAAUCAGUUCUUUAUGCAUCUGAAUAUGUUAACGGAAAUGGUUUCUAUCUUUUUGUCCAGGAUGAAUCAUUAAAUCAAACCAACAAUUCUAUAUGUAACACAAGUUCCCAAACAACUCCAGUUACUUCUACACCAAACACUUCUUUGUCAGGACAAAACAAUGUCUCAGUAGUCGAUGAGUUUGGAUUCAGUUUCGAUGAUGUUGAUGCUCCUGUUAAAGUGGUCAUAAUAUCUCUUUGGUUCUGGUGGAAGGAAAUUGCUAUGAUUGUAUUUACCACAGCUGUGUUAGUUAAUUUCUUGCUGGGACCUCGACAACGUCCAGAAAGGGAAAUUGUGGUAAUCGAGCGUCAUAUUCCUGUCCCGACUGCAACUGAGGCCAUUGAAAUGCCAAUUACAAGAUCAGCUGCCAAUUUUUCUGGUCAACGAUCGUUUUCCGAAUCGACAACACACUCAGGAGAUCACUUUUCUUCUCGUUUCCAAGCUGAUUUUGACUUGGAACGAUGUCUUGGUCGGGGUGGCUUUGGAGUUGUGUUUGAAGCGAAAAAUAAACUCGAUGACUGCAGAUAUGCCAUUAAAAGAAUAACACUACCAAAUAAGAAGGAAUCUAGGGAACGAGUAAUGCGUGAAGUCAAAACACUAGCCAAUUGUGAACAUCACAAUAUUGUGCGAUACUUCCAGGCCUGGGUUGAAACACCUCCGCCAGGAUGGCAAGAAGAGGAAGACAGCAGGUGGUUAGCUAAAGGAAUGUCCCAUUCAAUUGAAAUUGAAACUCCUGAUGGAACAACACUGCCACCAUUUGAUGGCACAUCAGUCAACAAUAACAUUUCUACCAAAGAUAAAAAGAAACAUUUAGAAUCAUGGAUCUCGAGUGUAAACACAAAAUGCAGUGGCAUAAUAAAUGGACGAACAGAAGAUGAUAGCAGCUUCUUUGAUGAAGAAAACGAAAUAAUAGAUGAAGGAAGCGAAAAUGAAGACGAUUCGUGCAUUGUCUUUCGCUCAGAGAGUCAGUCCAUGGCAAUGAGAGAAGAACAAGCUUGUAGUGAUUCGAUUGCCAUAGAUAUCCAUUCACAUAAGUCAUUGUUUCAGAAAACCAACGGGAGAGUACGUGAUCUUGAUUGCAGCAAUUUAUCUGAUUCUUUUCAAAUUGAGUUUGUUCAUUCAGCAAAUGGCGAAACCAAUGGUGAUCAAACGGAGCCAAAUAUUCCAGAAGAUGAAAACUCUUUAAGGAAACGCAAGAGUAGUCUUUCUUUGGAUUUCAAUGGCCGCUCAAAAGCUUUAGUGAAUGCUAAAAAUGUGCCAUAUUCUUCGUCAAAAAUACAAACUAAAGUUUUUCUGUACAUUCAAAUGCAACUUUGUCGCAAAGAUAGUCUACGUGAUUGGUUGCGAGAAAACACAUCCGAAGCACGAGAAUUGCAAAUAAGGCCUAUAUUUGAGCAGAUUGUAGACGCAGUAGAUUACGUUCAUUUAAAGGGAUUGAUUCAUCGCGACUUGAAGCCUAGCAAUAUCUUUUUUUCACAAGAUGGGCAAAUUAAGAUAGGAGAUUUUGGUCUGGUGACCGAUAUGUCAGAAAUACCCAACUUAAUUACACCUUGCGGCGAUGGGACAGGGUUGCCACAAUGCGCCAAACAUACUCAACAAGUUGGUACCCACUUGUAUAUGUCACCAGAGCAACUAAAAGGACAGCACUAUGACUACAAAGUGGAUAUCUAUUCGUUGGGGUUGAUUUUCUUCGAGUUGUUGGUUUAUUUUUCAACAGAAAUGGAACGAAUUGUCACUUUGCGGGAUCUAAGAGAUGGCAAAUUCCCGCCUACAUUUUCAAAUAAAUUUCCCAUUCAGUAUGAAUUGCUAAAGUUGAUGCUUUCAUCUGUGCCAGCAAAGAGACCGCCAACUGAUCAGCUAAAGAGUCAAUUAAGCCAAAUGAUGUGGAACGGCGGCAGUGAUCCAACUGGAUUCCUAAGGCAAAAUAAACCGAUCGAGUGAUAAUGAAAAAUAAUGAAAAACAGUAAACAAAUCUAUUCAGACAAGAAAUCAAGAGAAUGCGAUACAUCUUCAAGAUCUAUUUAUCUGUUGAUGAAAAGAGCCAAUUCUACCUUUAAAACAGGAUAAUAUGAAAAUACAAGUUUUAUUAUCAGAUUCUUAAGUGUUCUCUCUCAUGUUGUCUCAGUUUUAUAGCCAGUUAGUUAUAAUAUAGCAAAUUAAAAAGUGAGAAGCAUUUUAUCCUAUAGGCUUGUAAACUUUUUAGAUAAGCCAUAUAGAAAAAACCUUAAUUCGAAGUCAGUUACGCGUUUUAUGGUUUGAUUGAGCAAAAACAGCUAGGACAUGUGUUUUUUUCUCCAAAAGAAAAAAAAAUGACUGCUAGGGCACGCAUGCCGCUUAUUGAAAAAAAUUUAACUUUUUUCGCAUGGUGCCUUACCAAGUAUUGAGUACUGGGACUUUUACUUAAGUUUUGUUUAUAUCGUAUCUUUUGUUUCAUCAUUUAUUUAAUUCGUUUUAUUCAUAUCGAAGUCCCAAAACUAUUUACCUUAUUAUUUAUCUUUGUGUACAUGUAUUAAAAAUAUUCAUUUUUUUAAAUGAAAACAGGAAGAGAGAGAGAGAUAAAAGAAAAAACACGAAAUUCUUCAAGACUAUUUUAUAAGCAAUAAAUAAUAACUGAACGAAAUAUAUAUUUAUAAGUUUUUAGUUAUAAGGAAGAAAAACAAUAAACAAACCACAUAGAUUAA